AACCCUAACCCUGAAUUCAAUCUCAGCCGUUGAUCAGCUGACUAUAGGGUUUAUAUUUUGAGCGUUCUUUCUCUUCAAUAGCCGUCGACUCCCUCUCCUCUUUCUCAGUCUCGUCACUACGCUCAUUCUCUCUUAGAUCGAGCAUCAACGAUGGCCUUUGUCAAGGCUCAGAAAACCAAGGCUUACUUUAAGCGGUUUCAAGUCAAGUUUAAGAGAAGAAGAGAGGGGAAGACCGACUAUAGAGCCAGGAUUCGCUUAAUCAAUCAGGACAAGAACAAGUACAACACUCCAAAAUAUCGUUUUGUUGUGCGAUUUUCCAAUAAGGACAUUGUCGCACAAAUAACAUCAGCUAGUAUUGCUGGUGACAUGGUUCUGGCAUCUGCCUAUUCUCAUGAGCUUCCUCGAUAUGGGCUUGAAGCGGGGCUUACAAACUAUGCAGCAGCUUACUGCACUGGACUUCUGUUGGCACGUCGUACUUUGAAAAUGCUUGAAAUGGAUGAGGAAUAUGAGGGCAACGUGGAGGCUACUGGGGAGGACUACUCAGUUGAACCAGCAGAGACCAGGAGGCCAUUCCGUGCUUUGCUUGAUGUUGGGCUGGUUAGAACCACAACUGGAAACCGUGUAUUUGGUGCUCUCAAGGGAGCUCUAGAUGGUGGCUUGGAUAUUCCUCACAGUGAUAAGAGGUUUGCUGGCUUUUCAAAGGACGGCAAGCAGCUUGAUGCUGAAGUGCACCGCAAGUACGUAUAUGGUGGUCAUGUUGCUGCAUAUAUGAGGACACUGAUGGAGGAUGAGCCAGAGAAGUACCAGCUUCAUUUCAGUGAAUAUAUCAAGAAGGGUAUUGAGGCAGAUGACAUGGAGGAGAUGUAUAAGAAGGUUCAUGCUGCAAUACGUGCUGAUCCCACUUCCAAGAAAUCAGAAAAGCAACCACCCAAGGAACACAAGAGGUACAAUUUGCGGAAGUUGACAUAUGAGGAAAGGAAAGCCAAGUUGGUUGAGCGAUUGCAAGCACUCAACUCUGCCGCUGAUGAGGAUGAUGAUGAGUAGACAUAUAACGUCUGGCAUUUGAGUUAGAAUAUGUCAAAAGUUUUCUUAGCAUACAUGCUACUGUAGUUUUAUUUUGAACCUAAUGUCUUUGAAGUUAUUUUUGUUUGUGCUCAGUGCAUUGAACGAUCACUUCUUUGUUUACAAGAUUUUGGAUAUUUAUUUUGGUAUGAAAUGCAAUUUCAUUUUUGACUUCAAA